AAUUCAGAAUACCUGGGUUAAGUUUCGUGAUUUGUUCUAGUUUGCAAAGACGCUCCCCUAGUUGAUAUCCAGGGUUAUACUAAAUUUUUCAUCUCUGUUGAUUCCAACCAAAAAUUAAAGAUAGACUUCCGAGCAAUCCUCCUAGCAAUCUUCCAUCAUGUCUAACGAAACCAAAGCAAGAGAAAUCUUUGCUCAAUUUGCAUCUGAAGAUCGCUUAUUGCUCCCACAAUUCACUGCCAUUCUUUCACCUUUCAAAUCGGAUGUUUCCAAAGAAUCAUAUGCUCUUCUUUAUCUUGCAGCUGAUUCCGACCAAAAGGGGUAUGUAACCGAGUCUGAUUGGGUUCAAUUCAUUCGUACUUUGACCUCUCCAGACGGUGAAUUCAAGCUUUUAUUCCGUCUUUUGGGCCAUGGUAAGUCUUCCGUUCUGUACGAUGAAUGUCUCAGUCAACUCAAUGCCUUGAAUAAGGCCAUUGACCCUUCAUACCAACAGAAAAAGGCUAAACUCAAUUGGACAUAUUUCAACAUGUUCUUCGAACCAAUGGGUUCUUUACAAUAUUCCGAUUUUAUCACCUUAAUCAAUUAUCUUCCAAUCAGUAAACUUAUUGGAAAUUUUGAAAUUGUUGCCAAUAAAUCUGGUUUAAUUUCAAAGCAAGAACUUUAUGAACUUAUUACAAGAAAUCUUAAUCAUAAAUUAAGUUCCAAGUUGAAACACAACUUGGAAACUUUACCAGGAUUUUUCCAAAAGGAUCAAUUCACUCUUGCUAAUGUAUUAUUUAUUUAUAAUGCCUUAAACAAAAUUGACUUAAUUAAUGAAGUCAUUGCAAAUGCCCCUCCAACCCUGAAGGAUAAACAAGAUAUCUUGAUCAACAAGUCUGAUUUGUAUGAUCAUUUGAAUGAUCAUUUACUUAAAUCUUCUAAUUUCAGACCUGUAUCAAUGUUGGAAUUGGACUUAUUGUUUUAUCUUAUUAAUAAGGAUGAAGAAACUAUUCCUCGUAGAGAUUUAAUUGGUGUUUUCAAUCCAAAUUAUGAAAAUAAUUCUGUUCAACUUUAUAGUAUGUUUGAUCAUCCAGCUGCUCAACCAAUUCAAGAUGAUAACUUCCUGUUAUGGCCCAUUUUUGAUUCCCUUUAUUCCUUCUUUUUAGGUUCCAUUGCUGGAUGUAUUGGUGCUACCGUUGUGUAUCCAAUUGAUUUAGUUAAAACUAGAAUGCAAGCUCAACGUCAUAAGGCUGUUUACAAGAAUUCUUUUGAUUGUUUCAAGAAAAUCAUUGCUAAUGAAGGGCUUAAAGGUUUAUAUAGUGGGUUGGGUGCUCAAUUAGUUGGUGUUGCCCCAGAAAAGGCCAUCAAAUUGACCGUCAAUGACCUUGUUCGUAAGAUCGGUACUGAUGAAAAUGGUCAUAUUUCUAUGAAUUGGGAAAUCUUAGCUGGUAUGUGUGCUGGUGCUUGUCAAGUUAUUUUCACCAAUCCAUUAGAAAUUGUGAAAAUUAGAUUACAAAUGCAAGGUAACAAUACCAAGGUUGUUAAUGCUGGUGGUCCAUCAAAUGAAAUUCCUCUCAAGAGACUCACUGCCGGUAAGAUUGUUAAGCAAUUGGGUAUUAAGGGUCUUUAUAAGGGUGCAAGUGCAUGUCUUUUAAGAGAUGUUCCAUUUUCUGCCAUUUAUUUCCCAACUUAUGCCAACUUGAAGAAAUACUUAUUCAAUUUUGACCCUCAAAGUCCAACUGCCAAACAUAAAUUGGAUUCAUGGCAAUUACUUGUGGCUGGUGCACUUGCUGGUGCCCCAUCUGCUUUCUUUACCACUCCAGCUGAUGUUAUCAAAACCAGACUUCAAAUUGAAUCUAAAUCCACUGAAACCAAAUAUCAUGGUAUUAGACAUGCUGCUUCCACUAUUUUGAAGGAAGAAGGUUUUGGUGCAUUCUUCAAGGGUUCCAUUGCUCGUGUUUUCAGAUCAUCUCCACAAUUCGGGUUCACUUUAGCAUCUUAUGAACUUCUUCAAAACUUGUUCCCAUUACACCCUCCAAUGACCAAAGAAUCUUCUUUCAAGACCAUUAGUGGAUACCCAGGUGUGUAUAACUUGACCAAUGAUCAAGUAUAUUCAUCCAAUGAACGUUUGAUGUACUUGAACCCUAGUGAUUUCGGUAUCACUCCUAACCCAACUCCUUCAUCCUCCGCUAAUUCCGCAAAAUUGAACGAUGCCUUGGUAAAACUUCCAGCUGAAUACGUGUACAAGUCCCAAGAUGCCAUUAAAUUGUUGUUAGACAUAGAUUAUAAGUUUGGUAACUUCAACUACGAUAGUUACUUGAGCUACAUAAAAAAAUAGACGCAUAAUUUAUUG